AUGAAGGAAGAAACGAUAAACAAAUAUUUGCUAAUAUUUACACUUACUGUUGCUCUAAUUGCUUUCAUCAUUUUACUUAUUAUAAUUCUGAAAGGUAAAUUUUUUCCGAGGAAAAAUCGCUAUUCGAAGCGUUCCUAUCGUCAAACAAUUCGAACAGAACCAAAUGAACUCACUGAAAUGUUGUACGAUACACCCAAUAAUAUCUUAUUAAGGUCAGAUGGUGUAAUACCGAUUGAUUUACCGGAUCUUGAUUAUAUUGAUGAACGAAGCAUUCACUUGGUGUCACCAACAAUUGUCGUCAAUUCAUUAAAAAAUUCUUCUGUAUGUUUAUGA